UUUACACGGCGCAACAUUUCGAAAGAUCUCCGGUUUUCCGGGAUUUCCUCUUCGAUAAGGUGCCCCCGGAGGUAGUGCCAACGGUGCCGCGUAACAUCCGCGAGACGCAGAAAGUGAAACGAGCUCGCGGGCCGCGAAGGUCGAAGUCGGCCUUGUUAGACAACACACACAGUGCGAAGAACGCAAUUCCGCAACGUUCCGCCGAUUCCGCAACGUUCCGCGGCGUAAGAGGCUAAACUAUUCGAAGGUCGAGCGAAAGUUCAGCAAACCUCGGGGCGGCCGACCGACCUCUGGGGUGCGCAGGGUCCGUGGUGUGCUAGAACGAUGCUGGUGCUUUCGGGGGCAGGUUCGUGGUGUAACGAACUCCUCGUCAGCCAACAACAGCAGCAGCAGCAGCAGCAGCAGCAGCAGUAGGUACCCCGGGAUUCUGGGGCCAGAAUCGUGUGUUUGAGAGUACCCCCUCCUGAAGUGUCGAGAUGGAGGGCGACAUUUGUCGAGUGUGUCGCUGUGAGGCGCAAUCCGAUCGACCGCUUUUUCAUCCUUGCAUCUGCACCGGAAGCAUCAAAUGGAUCCACCAGGACUGCCUCAUGCAGUGGAUGCGCUACUCGCGCAAGGAGUACUGCGAGCUGUGCGGCCACCGGUUCUCCUUCACGCCCAUCUACGCGCCCGACAUGCCACGGGUGCUGCCGCUCAAGUACGUGGCCAAGGGACUGCUCAGCUCCGUCGGAACGGCCGUCAAAUACUGGAUCCACUACACGCUCGUGGCACUCGCCUGGCUCGGCAUCGUACCGCUGACGGCGUACCGGACCUACCGCUUCCUGUUUUCCGGCUCUAUCGAGAUGGUGCUGACCCUGCCGAUCGAUAUGUUCUCCACGGACAACAUUACGAUCGAUGUGCUCCGCGGUUGCUUCGUCGUUACCUGUACGCUCUUCACGUUCAUCGGGCUGGUGUGGCUCCGGGAGCAGAUCAUUCACGGUGGUGGUCCGGAUUGGCUUGAACGAGAUGAUCCUCAAGUUCCGGAAGGUGUUCCUGGUGGAGCAGCAGGCGGUGGUGGAGGUGUUGCAGCAGCAGCAGCAGCAGCCGCUGCAGGCGUAAACGAGGCCGGAGGACAAGGCAAUCGGGCAGCGGAAGGGGCCGCGGAGAAUGGGAACGGUGCUGGACCCGAUGACGCCAACGGCAACAACAACAACAAUGACGAUAACAACAACGAAGAAGAACAUAAUAAUAACAACAAUAACAACUUCGUUGAUAACAAUCUGGUCAAUCGACCACCGCCGGCGCCAGCUGAAGGUGCGGCAGAGCAGGAACCGCUUCAACAACCACCGGAAGAGGAUCAGGCUGGUGCUCCUGCCCCAGCACCGGCCCCCGCUAACGAUGAAGCUCGAAGAGGUCGAGGAGCUGCCGCAGGACGUGCCGCAGGAGCUCCCUUUCCCGAAGUUCCCGCCGAUAAUGUGCCAAUCGAUCCAGCGGAGCCACCGCCACCGGCAGCCGAAGGUGAUGCACCGGGAGAUGGUGCCAUCAAUGAGCCGGAAGUAGCGGCCGAUGAGGCCAACUGGAACCCAAUGGAAUGGGAACGGGCAGCGGAAGAGCUCACGUGGGAACGGUUGCUCGGUCUCGACGGUUCGAUGGUCUUUCUCGAGCACGUCUUCUGGGUAGUCUCGCUGAACACCGCGUUCAUCGUGAUCUUUGCCUUCGUCCCGUACUCGAUCGGCAACUUUCUGAUCUCGUUCCUGGGCAUCAUUACACCCGGCAAACCGUUGAUGCACUUCCACGGUCUGCUCACGACCCUGCUCGGUUACUGUGUGAUCGGUAUUACGCUCGUGAAGCUGCACGCCAUCGCCCGCUUUCUGCGCUGGCGUCGCCAACGGCGCAUCCUGGGGCUAUGCUACAUCGUCGUGAAGGUAUCGCUACUCUCGGUCGUCGAGAUCGGUGUGUUGCCGCUCGUGUGUGGCUGGUGGUUGGACAUUUGCUCGCUACCGAUGUUCGAUGCUACGCUUAAGGAUCGCAAAGCGAGCUUCAAGGCUGCCCCGGGCACUUCGCUCUUCAUUCACUGGAUGUUUGGUAUGGUGUACGUGUACUACUUUGCUUCGUUCAUAGUGCUGCUCCGGGAGGUGCUGCGGCCAGGUGUGCUCUGGUUUUUGCGCAAUCUUAAUGAUCCCGACUUUAGUCCGAUUCAGGAAAUGAUUCAUCUGUCGAUCUUACGCCACACUCGAAGACUGAUCUCGUCAGCGAUUAUCUUCGGAUCGGCCGUGCUGCUGAUGCUGUGGGCACCGAUACAAAUCCUAAAGUCCUUCUGGCCCACAUUCCUACCCUAUACACUGUCCGGUGACGCUGAGGUGAACGAACUCAGCCUUCAGUUGCUGCUACUGCAGUUCGUGCUUCCGGGAUUCUUUGAACAAUCGCAUACACGCAUCUGGUUGAAGGGAUUGGUGCGGAUUUGGUGCAAUGUAGUGGCCCGGUUGCUCGGUAUCAAGAGCUAUCUACUGGGAGUGGAAGUGCGCCCGAACGAAGAUGAUCCCCCGGCUGCAGCACGCCAGCAACAACCAGAGGCUGGUGCAGGGUUAGCAGCGGCCCAUCAAGCAAUUCUGCUUCGGGAUGUUCCGAUCGGUUUCCAACCCUACGAACGACCUCGGCUGUUUGCGAUCCGGUUGAUUGGCUUGCUAGUGCUGAUGUGUAUUAGUCUCGCGAUCGGCUCACUCGCGAUUCUUACGAUCCCCGUCUGGAUAGGACGAUACGGUAUGGCACUAGGAUCGGUCGGUACGAACAUCACCCCGCCCGUCGCUGUUCCCGCUGCUGAGGUUGAUGUUGCCGCUGAAGGUGGAGCGGGUGUUGCUGCAGACGGUGGUGUUGGUGGUGCCACUGUAGAACCAUCGCCUCGGCCUCACGAGCUCUACACAGCGGCUAUCGGCACGUACCUUUGCUGGUUGCUUUCGCGUGGCAUCGCCGUCGCCGUAAACCUGUUCCCGCAAGGCCGAGAGGCUGUGAUCGCACGUAUCCGGCACUGGAUGUCGAUCGCAACCUCGUACGCCAUGGCCGCGAUCGUGUUCGUGCAUAUGCUCGGUGUGAUUCCGCUCAUGUUUGGACUGCUGCUGGAGCUGGUGGUCGUAAUACCGUUACGGGUACCGCGCGAUCAAACGCCCGUUCUAUUCCUGUGGCAGGAUUGGGCUCUCGGUGUUCUCUACACGAAGAUUGCCUGCGCUCUAACGCUGAUGGGCCCCGAUUGGGCCCUGAAACGAGCGAUCGAACAAGCGUACCGAGAUGGACUGCGAGAUAUGAACCUGCGGUUCAUUAUACGCGAACUCGGCGUGCCGGUCAUUACGUGCUUCGGACUAGCGCUCGCCAUCCCGUACGUGAUCGCGCACUCGAUCCUGCCGCUGUUCUUCACCAAUCCGCUAACCCGUACGCUGAUCGCACGUCAGAUCUAUCCCUUCUUCCUGCUGAUCGCCUUCGUCAUCGGCAUCGUGGUGCUGCAGGUACGCCAGUUCAAGAACCUGUAUGUCGCGAUCAAAAACGACAAGUAUCUGGUCGGUCAGCGGUUGGUAAACUAUGACCAUCAGCGUAAAAAGCGACGCCCAUCGGUGGUUGCCAGUGCGACGGAGGAAACUGGCGGUGGUGCCGGAGCGACAGCGGCCGCUGGUGCUGCUGCCCCUGCUGCCGAUCAACAAGCUGCACCUGGACAGCCGGAAUCCAGUGGAGCAGAUGGGCAAAGGUUACCGACUGGAACGGUCUCCAGUAUGCAGGCACACGCUAUGGAAGAAGCUGUACAAUAGUAGAACAAUCAG